AUGACGUCCUCGAGCCUGCCCCUAUACAUCGCCAUCGGUCUCCUGAUGGUCGACAGCACGAUCGAGCUCUCCUUGAUCUCAUCCGUGGUAGCUUGGCUGCAUCGUCGAGCAGGUGGUUCCUGGGAAGUCGCCUACAACAACAGCAGCUUCUCCCUUCACGGCAAACCCCUACACGAGCUCGUGGACCAAGGCCACUUAAGCAAUGGUGCAGCAGGCACAGCAUUUGUUCUGGUAGGCACGACUGGCACCCUCGUCUUAUUGAUGCGUAACCGUUCCAACCUCUGGAGAAAAGGCUUCACCAAGACGCUCUACAUGUUCUGGCUCAUUGCGACCGUUCUAUCCGCCAUCUUGACUCUAUGUGCGUUAAUCUUCACCUUCCUCGUAACCAACACCAACAGCGGACUGUCUAUCAAUCUCAGGUACGCCUCAAUAUUGAAAAAUCAACCAUAUCCCAACCAAGUCCCAUACGACCUAGGGCAAUGGACACCAGAAGAUUGGUUCCAUGCGGUCCUGCGAUUGGACCUAGUUCAUCAAUCAGAAAGGGAUGUUAUUUCAACCUGGAUAGCUGUAAUGAGGGGGUCAAGAUAUAAUCUGAUUCCAAUGUUUGUCAUUGGCGUUGCGGUUGUCGUUCUAGCGCUCUGGGAUGCAAACAAUCGACGCCGGAAAACAACAGAUUACAGAGGAACCAUGCAGGUCAAGGAAAUUCAGGCUGUAUGA